GGGCGUGGCCUCCACCUGCCUGCAGUGCUGUGUGAACUGAUCGCCUGAUCUUAUAAACGGACCUGCACCUGUAUGUACUUACAUUGCCUUUUCUGCUUGACGGGCGAUCAUCUUGGACUUAGUAUAUCCAGAACAUCACCUGAAGACAAUAACACACCAGGUCCCGGGACCAUCUCCCCUGAAAGAUGAUCUGUUUCUAGAACAACGCACCACACAGCUUGGUUUACUUACCUCGAGCCAAUGAGACGUUUUCAUACCUUGAGUGCUUUGGUUCUCCUUGUCACUUUAUUUCUGAUCUUCUACUCAACCCUACACUUAGAGGUGACCUACAGUCGCAGAGCAGCACCAGAGGACCACCUCAAGCAUGUCAGCCUCCAGGCCCACGACAGAAAAACACCAUCCUCCAAGCAGGAGAGCUUCACUACACCUCACCCCAAUGUCCACAAUGUGUCUGUUUCUGAUGGCCUCAGACAAACCAUCCCUCAAAAUGGAGCGUACUGGAACCGCCUUUUGCGCUCGUCCCUCAGGAAUCUGGACAAGGGAGAUAAUCCUUUUGGACAUGACUCUGAUUGGUCUGGCUGCAGGGAGACAAAUCUAGAGCUUCUGCAAACAAAUGUGCAUGACUUCACCUCCUAUUUUGCCUUAUUCCAGGACUUUUUGCAGGGCAUGAACUGCAGGUCCCCUCCAGUUCUGCUCAAUCAACCCAACAAGUGCUUCUCUAAAGGGAAAGGAGACAACCGGACCUUCCUGCUUAUUGCCAUUAAGUCAAGUCCUGGAAACUUUGAGCGAAGACAGGCGGUGCGGGAGACCUGGGGACGAGAGGGGGUGUAUCAGAGUGGACUGAGAGUGCGCACUGUGUUCCUAGUGGGAAGCUCCCCACUUGAGGACCCUGACCUCAGCCCACUGCUGUCAUUUGAAGCAAGAUACUUUGAGGACAUCCUGCAGUGGGACUUUCAUGAAUCUUUCUUGAAUCUGACGCUCAAAGUGAACACAUUCCUCCAGUGGGCACUGAAAUACUGUCCUCAUGCCUCCUUUGUUUUUAGUGGAGAUGAUGAUGUAUUUGUUAACACACCCGCAUUAAUCAGCUACCUGCACUCUCUGGAGCCUUCGAAAGCCUCUCGGCUGUAUGUUGGACAUGUCAUAAGCACAGCAAAUCCCCUCAGGGACCCCAAAAGCAAAUACUACAUUCCUCUGAGUUUCUAUGAAGGCCCAUACCCUGCUUAUGCUGGUGGAGGUGGUUUCCUUAUCUCUGGAGCAUUGCUGCAACCCUUUCAUUCAGUUUCACGCAUUAUUCCUUUCUUCCCCAUCGACGACGUCUAUGCUGGGAUGUGCUUGAAGGCUAUGGGGGUUUCUCCGGAGGCAAACGCAGGCUUUCAGACAUUUGACAUCAAGGAGGAGGAUCGUGAGAAUCUGUGUGUGCAUAAAGAUCUGAUUCUGAUUCACCAGCGCUCUCCUCAACAGGUGAAGAAGUUGUGGAGGGGUAUUCACAGCCCCUUGCUGACUUGUUGAAUAGGACUGGUAAGCAAAAGAUACCGCGAUUUAAAAGAAGAGAGGAAAGACUGACUGCAGCAACAUGCUGAGGCCAUGGCUUAUUUACUUCCAUCGUUGUCCCUUUCACUGUCCUUUUUCAAGAUGAUGCAGCAAGAGGAAGUGUAAUUGAGGGUUUCAUACAGUCUGCUGUUGACAUCUGGCAUGGACUCAAACUUGUAGCAUGAACAAAUGCAGAGUAGUUCAUUUAUAAUGGAAAUAUGAGCAUAGUGGGUCAAGAUAUUUCACUGCCAAGUCAGACUGAACACCUUUUUCCUUUUGUUCUACUGAAUUCAAAUAAAAAUAAUUCAACCAA